UGAACGAGGAUAUGCCAAACUGGUUGGCUCCAAAUGUUUGAAGAAGAUUGAAGUGGGUAAAAAGACAUACACCUUCUGUGGCACUCCAGGCUACAUGGCCCCUGAAGUCAUCUUCAACAAAGGCCACAGUGUAGCUGCAGACUUUUGGUCUUUGGGUGUUUUUGUGUUUGAGCUCCUGACUGGUGGGAUUCCGUUCAACGACGUUGACCCGAUGAGGCUCCUCAGCGAGACCGUGCGCGGCAUUGAUAACAUCGACUUCCCUAAAGCAAUCAGCAAGAUUGCCUCCAGUCUCAUAAAGAUGCUGUGCAGGCACAAUCCCUCGGAGAGGCUAGGCAGUCGAAGAAACGGGGCCAAGGACAUUCAGAAGCACAAGUAAGACUACAGGUUAUAUUGUGCCAGACGCAAGCCUGAGAGUCAGAGUAGAGUGGUGCCUUGUGAUCUGAUUUUCAUUAUUUCCAUUAUGUUGUAAAAACAUGCU